AUUCACGUAUGUGACAAACUUGUCUGUGGCCACGGUAAUGUAAAAAGUUGGUGUAUCGGAUCCGUGAUCGGUAGAAUGGACUUGGUGGUAUUAGUCAUCUGAUCAUGGCUAAUGGUCAAUGAGUUCAGUUACUUGUGCGAUAUGUUGUAAUGUAUAGUGCUGUAGGUAAUAGCCUUAAGUGAUAUUAUAAUUUAUACACAAAAAGAUGGGACUGUUUUCAACGUCAUCUCCUUUCGAUUCUGACGUUGAUAAAGCAACUGAUGAGAAGAACACAUCAGAAGAAUGGGGCCUAAUUAUGGAUAUCUGUGACAAAGUUGGAAAUUCUCCUAUCCAUGCAAAAGACUGUUUAAGAUCAAUUGUAAGGCGUCUGAACCAUCAAGACCCUCACAUAGUGAUGCAGGCAAUCACGUUACUUGAUGCAUGUGUAAGCAAUUGUGGGAAGACUUUUCAUCUAGAAGUAGCAUCCCGAGAUUUUGAAACUGAGUUUCGAAAACUCCUCAGCAGAAGUCAGCCAAAAGUAGCUGAAAAGUUGCGACAGCUGCUGAAGAAAUGGGCUGAGGGUGAUUUCAGAAAUGAUACUCAGCUGAAUCUUAUCCCAUCACUAUAUGCAAAACUAAAACAAGAAGGGAUCGACUUCACAGUGAACUCAGAGACGGUAAAGUCAAGACAGCAAGUUCCAGUAAGCCGAGAUCCAAAUGUUGUGUCUAGUCAGCAGGAAGAAGAUGAUAUUGCUAAAGCUAUUGAAUUAUCACUGAAGGAGACACAACAUUCCCCUAAGGUUCAGAGUAGUUUGUACCCAUCUACGAAUGUUUCAUCAAGUGGGGCUUCCGUAUCUGCGGAAGCAAGAAAGGUGCGAGCACUCUAUGAUUUUGAAGCAGCUGAAGACAAUGAACUCACUUUCACAGCUGGAGAAAUCAUUCAUGUACUAGAUGAUUCAGAUCCUAAUUGGUGGAAAGGCUAUAACUACCGAGGGGAAGGCCUGUUCCCAGCGAAUUUUGUUACAGCAGACUUAUCAGUUGAGCCUGAACAGUUCAAAUUGGACCAGCCCCGGAAGUCAGUUCAGUUCAGCGAGGCUGUGCAAGUGAAAACUGUUGAGGAACCGCAGGAAGUGGAAAUCAAUGAGGAGAAGAUUGACAGGUUACUGCAUCUUCUCCAUGAGGCAGACCCAACAGAGAAUCACUCUGACAGUGAUGAAAUGUUGAACCUAGAAGAACAAGUGAAUGCAAUGGGGCCAUUGAUAGACCAGGAGUUGGAAAGAGUGGAUCGCAAACAUGCCCAGCUCACCCAGUUGAGUUCUGAUCUUGUUGAAGCUUUGAAUCUGUAUCAUACACUAAUGCGGGAACCUGGAGCCCCCCAGCCGUAUCACACUCUGCCGAAGCAGGUGAAUUAUGGUUAUCCUCCACCUCCAGCAGCUCAUCUGUAUAAUGGAAUUCAGGCAGGCUCAUCAUUUGGAGUCUCUCACCAUUAUUCAUUGGCUCCUGGUCACGAUCAGUUUGUAAUGGGUGGGCCUUCUGGUCCCAGUUCCAUGACACUACCACCGCAUUUUCAUCAAAUGGCUUCACUGCCUUCCGGAGUAGGAGUUCCAGUUCCUGGAGCCAGCCACCGGCCCGAUGAACAGCAGAGACUGCAACGGCAGCAGCCACAGCCUCCUACAGGAACACCCAAUCCUUUUCCCCCCAGUGGAAUGCCAAGUUAUGGUCCAUCGGCUGCACAGCCUCCUUCAUUCCCACAUCCAGCUGGUCCCAUGCCACAGCAACCACCCCCAGGACUGGGAACAAAUUACCCUCCAAAUGGGCAACCCUUGUUGUGAGGAUAGUGCUAAUUGUGGAGCAUGAACUCUGCUAUAGCGGAGGACCUCUCUGGAAAGAAUAUUGUGGUCAAUAUCCACCUGUUAAUAUAUACAAAGUGGUAGCAGUGAUAAGGAUUAUUAUCAGUGUGUAGAUUUGAACCCCCUGCUUAUGCUAAAAUUGAAUUUAUUUUGUAUGGCUAUGGAAAUUGAAGUUACACUUAACAUAUAUUUUAGAGUAAAGUAUAGAUUGAAAAUUUCAUGAUUGUAUAGGUAUUUAUGAGGUUGUAUGUCAGUGUUCUAUAUUCACAUUGUUCAUAAUGCUGAUGAUUGUGUGUGUGUGUUGUUGAGCCAGUUAUGUCAAAUUUUUUUAAGUUUCUUGGUACAGCUUAAUUCCAGUAAUAGGUGUUCCUUGUAGAUAGCAGAUGAAAACUUCAGGAAUAUGUUUUAAAUUAAAGAUAUUCUGUGCGAAUAAACUUUUUCAACAACAGAUAAGAGAAAUAUGUUGAAAUGUGAAUUCUGUUUAUGCUUGAUACAUUUCUGGAUGUAGUCCCAAAUUGUUGCAGAGCCUUAUCUUGUAUUUUGAUGAACUGCCAUACUACAUCAUGGGGGUAGUGUAAGCAAGUAACAGCAGGUAGUAACAGCAAGUGUUUUCUAACUGUUGUGCUAUAAAUCUGGUAUUUUUCCAGUCAGUCAUCAAGUAAAUUGCACAUGUUGUUACCUACUUUAUGUUCUUUUUUACUAGUGUUUCACUUAAAAUAAAAGUUCACAUUUUUGGCAUGUCUGUGUUUCUGCACUCUGAAACUGAGGAACUGCUUUUAUAAAUGUGACAAUAAUUUCAGGGAUAAUUCAUUUCAUUUAAAAUAUUUAGUCUAUUUUCUCUCUGAGAAAGAAUACAGAUAUCUGUUUCUUUGAAAACUCAGUACUCAUAACAGCAUCUCAGUGUUUUGCUUACACUGGAAGGACUUGUUUCCUCAAAAUUUAUGGGUUUGCAUUGUAAUCACUACAGGCCAUAGAACAAAAGGGCUAGGUUAUUUUACUGUAAUUUAUACUUGCUAUAUCAUUUAGAACAAACCGAUUUUUUAUAUCAUAUUGGUGAAGGAUUAAGGGAAUGUACUAUUACAUUCUUUUGCAUAGAUGUGCAAUUUUAGAAGCUGUCUUAACCUUGGGCGUAAAGAUACUUGAUUUACAGACUGAAGUCUGUUUUGAAUAGUAAAUUAUUGCAGUGUUGGAUUUAAGGUUCUAAGAGUGAUGGCUAUGAAGAGUUGCGUCUUCAGGGAUAUGAUGCCGUAUAGUCUGGUGAAAGUCAGCCAGUGUUUAAGAAGAACACACAGACUCCAUCUUCAGGGUACAAGAGUAAGUCAAGCAAGAAAGAACCAUGAAGCAGACAGUGAGCAGAUCUGCUCUCCUUGCUGUCUGCUCCAUGCUGGUUUCACAAUACUACACAGCAUUAUAUGCCAGAAGAUAGAACUCAUCAGGAAAUUAUUAAAUUUUCAGGUAUAAUGUUGAGUAAGAAUGUUUUCACUCUUUUCCACCAUGCAGAUGCCACAAAUUAAGUUUUUCAUAGCAGCAGUUUGUAAUUCUGAUGAUACUAAUUUCAGUUUCUCUCUUCAAUUCAGAUGUUAAUUAAAAAGGAUCAAUAGUGUUCUUACAUCUGAUAAGAUGUAGCAGUUUCCAGUCCAAAGUUGGUGUAAGUCAGUGUUUUUCAACAAGAUGUCAUGAAACAGGGCUAUCCAACUUCGAACCACUGAAUUUACCUUUGGUAUCUGCCUUACAAUGAUGAGAUGUAUGAAGCACAAGUACACUAAUACGAAUUAGACCCAUAAGGUUCUAAAAACCGUUAUUUAAAUUCAGUAUAUUAUAAUGUUUAGAAGAAUUAAAUGAGUUUUCUUCUCACAAAACAGAGAAAACACUCUCUGUGAGUUGUUUUCAGUGCAUGCACUGUGGACUAAGAUUCCCAUAUAAAACAGAUAAUAUAUCGAAUGCUGUCUGUGCAGUAUGGAAUAUAAGUGUAAAUGAGAUUCAUCUCUUAGUUAAUGAUGAUUAUAUCAAGAUUUUGCUUGGAUUGCAAUUUAUAUGGCUGGUUCCAGUCACUGCACCCGAUGGGUUAAGUCACUUAAUCUUUCAUACCAUCAGUUUGCAUGGAACAGUUUCUAAGCCACCCCAAAUUAAAUUAAUUGCAAAAAUUAAGAGCAAGCGAACAUUUGUUGCACUGACGGUUUAACAUAACUACCAUAUAUAUGUUUGGAACACAUCUUUUUCCAUGCUAAAUUAAAAAUGUGUGAAAUCAUCA